AAGGACAUUUGAAAUGUGUUCAAGUUGAAAGUUAUUCUUAUCCAUCUCUGGAAUCAUUCCUGACGUGUGUUCAUUUUUAUAGGGCGCCAUUCCUCUUCUUCAGUGGCGGCAUGCCCAGGGCAAGCUUUGGGGACAGACACUGCAUUACUGUCAUCCACAAUAAAACACACGUUGCUUUGGACUUCACUUCCAGGAUCAUUGACUUCUUUGUCAUCAAAGAUGGACCACUUCGCACUGGGGAUCCCAGCGCAUUAGUGGUCUUGGUUGAAGAGGAGUUGGUGGUGAUUGACCUCAAGUCAGAAGGAUGGCCAGUCAUUCAGACACCUUACCUGGUUCCACUACACAGUUCAGCAAUCACCUGCUCACACCAUGUCUCUGCCAUCCCUCUCAAACUGUGGGAGAGAGUUCUCGCCGCCGGAGAGCUCCAGAAGACAAAUUACUCCAAAAAGGUACAAUCAGUUUCACCCUUUGAUGCUGUUCCUCUCCCGUCCUGCAGGUAAUGCAUACGGUGAUCCCUCACUUAUCGCGGUUAAUGGGGACCAGAACGCCCCGCGAAGACGAAAAUCCACGAAUUAGGGCCCCCCCCUAAUUUGAUCAAAUUUUCUCGAUUGGAGGAGCAGCAAGCUGGCAGUUUCCUAAUUUAUAACAUAUUUAGAAGACGUGAGAAGCUUUUUCGGAAAGGAGCAUGUUGCCGAACACGCUUGAUGGUUUGUGGCAGCUGAUGAACACCUAUACUCAAGUGAAUCAG